AUGGAACCGAACGUGAACGCGAUGGAACGGCAGGGUAGUUGUUUGUUGUUGCGAUCGGCCAGCCAAAAUUCGUUGGACGAAAGUUCCCAAAAGCACAUAUCGCAAAUCCAUCCGCACACAAAGGAACGACCCCCGUACAGGAACCACCUGCACACCCAAAAAGCCUUCGACGUGAUGAACGUGAUGAGAAAACAGAAAUUACUCUACGACGUGAUCCUAGUAGCCGGCGAUACGGAGAUAGCCGCCCACAAAAUGGUCCUGGCCGCUUGUUCGCCCUAUUUCUACGCCAUGUUUUCGAGCUUCGAAGAGAGCCGCCAGGACCGGAUCGUCCUGCAGGAGGUCGACCGACAGGCCCUAUCUCUUCUCAUCGAAUACGUAUACACCUCCGAAGUGAGCGUCACCGAAGACAACGUACAAGUACUAUUACCCGCAGCUAAUCUACUGCAACUCACCGACGUUCGCGACGCCUGCUGCGAUUUCCUGCAAGCCCAACUACACCCGACCAAUUGUUUGGGCAUCAGGGCCUUCGCCGAUUUGCACGGUUGCUUGGAGUUGCUGUCGCACGCCGAAUCCUACAUCGAAUUGCAUUUCUCCGAGGUGGUCGAGUGCGAGGAGUUCCUCGCGUUGUCCCACUCGCAGGUAUCGAAGUUGAUAAGCAGCGAUCGAUUGACCGUAUCGACCGAAGAGAAGGUGUUUGAAUGCGUUGUGGCUUGGGUGCAGCACGAUUUAGAGUCGAGAAGAGAUCGACUCUCCGCUCUGAUGGAGUACGUUAGAUUGCCGCUCAUGUCGCAGGAGUAUUUGGUGCAACGCGUGGAAGAGGAACCGUUGCUCAAGAAGGAUUUGCAAUGCAAGGAUUUCAUCAUCGAGGCUUUGAAAUAUCAUUUGCUCAAAGGGGAUAAUAAGACGUCGUUUCGGACGCCUCGGACGAAGCCUCGACAACCGGUCGGUCUACCUAAAGUGUUGCUGGUGGUGGGCGGUCAAGCGCCCAAAGCCAUCCGGAGCGUCGAAUCGUACGAUUUCAAAGAGGAACGUUGGUAUCAAAUCGCCGAAUUGCCGACGCGUCGAUGCAGGGCCGGCCUGGCCGUUUCGGGCGGCAAAGUCUACGCCGUCGGCGGUUUCAACGGUUCGCUUAGAGUCAAAACCGUGGACGUCUACGAUCCCACGACCGAUUUGUGGACCAGCUGGGAGAGCAUGGAGGCCAGACGGUCCACGUUGGGCGUAGCCGUAUUGAACAAUUGCAUAUACGCCGUCGGCGGUUUCGACGGUUCCACCGGAUUGAACAGCGCCGAAAUGUUCGAUCCGCAAACCGGUAAAUGGCGUUUGAUCGCUUCGAUGUCGACGAGACGGAGUAGCGUAGGCGUGGGGGUGUUGUACGGGCAAUUGUACGCCGUCGGGGGCUACGAUGGGGCGUCUCGACAAUGCCUGAGCUCCGUGGAAUGUUACACGCCGGAGGCCGAUACGUGGACGUCGGUGCCCGAUAUGUGUUGUAGGCGGAGCGGAGCGGGCGUAGGCGUAUUGGAAGGCGUAUUGUACGCCGUGGGCGGUCACGACGGUCCGCUCGUACGGAAAUCGGUCGAGGCGUACGAUCCGUCGAUGAGCAAAUGGUCGCCCGUCGGCGAUAUGACGUUGUGCCGUCGCAACGCCGGCGUCGUCGCCAUGAACGGUUUGUUGUACGUCGUAGGCGGCGACGACGGUUCGAGUAAUUUGUCAUCGGUCGAGGUGUACAAUCCCAAAACCGAUACGUGGUCGAUGUUGUCGAGUUGCAUGAGCAUCGGUCGAAGUUACGCCGGCGUCGCCAUCGUCGAUAAGUCGAUAUGA